CUCUGAUCACACUGAGCAUGCUCGGUUUAAAGUCAAUAAAUCCAGGAGGAACCCAGGGGAUUACCACAGCAGAGGAACUCUGCCAGCGGACGUGAGCAGAACCCCAGGGAAGAUUUCUGGACUCCCGGUCAUCUUCGGCCCAACGACAGUCAGGAUGAUGCUGAACGAUGAGUGGACCAUCAUGAACAACAGCAGCUCCGAACUGGACGGCAAGAGACCAAACAAGUACAAGAAGUGCUGCACCGUCCUCUUCUGGGGAAUCCUCCUGCUAUUGAUCCUAGCAGCUGUCACCAUGGCAACAAUGGCCGUCCUCCAUCUCAGUCAGUAUCCUCUCCCCUUCAUCAGCAGGGGUGGGGCCUCUACACCAGCCAUUUCCACGUCCUCCAAGGACUCUGGCGCCUUGGUGACCAUUUCCCGCUUGGCAGAUGGAGAACCUGUCAGCGUGUUCCUGGACCCGAACUGUCCAGACUACAGCCAACACUUCCUGCGCUGGGAGGCGCUGCAGAGCUCGCUGCUGCGGACGCUGUCCAAUCACAACGGAGACGACUGGAAGGAGAGGGGAGCCUAUCAGAAGCUAGGAGACGAUCUGAAGGUGCUAACAGGCCACGCCCACAAUCUGAGGCUGGAAACUGAUUCGCUGAAGAGAGGUCAAGGUGUUCUGGACCAGCGGAUGGACAGACUGCAGAGCGAGCAGAGCCGCAUCCUUCAGGUGCUGUCCGACAGCCACGCAGGUGUUCUGAAGUUAGCUGAGAGCUUCAGUGAUUCUCUGCUCGGCCUGAAGAUGGAGACAGAGAGCCUGAGGAGGCUGAAGAGUGAGCUGAGCCAAGACCCCGCCAAGACAGCCGUCCAACCCAGAGACUGCAGCAGCAUCUUAGCGUCCGGCGUCUCUCAGGACGGCGUUUACUCUGUGUUUCCAACUCACGAUCCUGACGGCUUCAUGGUCUACUGUGACAUGAGCACCGACGGAGGAGGCUGGACGGUGAUUCAGAGAAGAGAGGACGGCUCAGUGAACUUCUUCAGAGGCUGGGAGGCCUACAGGGAUGGCUUUGGGACCACCACAGGAGAACACUGGCUGGGUCUGCAAAGGAUCUACGCUCUCACCAGGUCUGGUGGUUUCGAGUUGCGUAUCGACAUGGCUGACUUCGAUAACGCCACUGCGUUCGCUCUGUACUCUGAUUUCUCUGUUGGCCGAGACUCUGUGAACCCGGAGGAGGACGGAUACCCACUGACUGUGGAUGGGUACUCUGGGACAGCAGGGGACUCCCUGUUGAAGCAUUCUGGGAUGCGGUUCACUACCAAAGACCGGGACCAGGACCAGUCGGAGAACAACUGCGCGGCGUACUACCAGGGGGCGUGGUGGUACCGGAACUGCCACACCUCCAACCUGAACGGACAGUACCUGAAAGGAGGCCACGCCUCCUACGCCGAUGGAGUGGAGUGGUCCAGCUGGACCGGCUGGCAGUACUCGCUGCGGUUCACCGAGAUGAAGAUACGACCCAGGAGACCAGAGUCCUGAACCGGGCCCUGAGGCAGGACCUGGGUCUGGCCCUCUGCUGCUGCUCCCAUCUCGAGAAAAUGGUCCCUGAAUGUUAGGAAAUGUUCUGAUCCGUUCCUGUGCUGCUUGUUACUGUCAGUACUGGGUCCUACCGAUGAAAUCCAGUCACUGUAGAACCCAGGAUUUUGUUAUUAAACAGUUUUUGCCGAACCA